UUUUUAUUCUCCUCUCUCAGGCCUCGGGUUCUCCCCCCAUUUUUUUCUCUCUUCUAAACCUAAGAGGUAUCUCCAAUUCAAACCAAUCUCGUUUUUCUCCAACUCUAAACCCUAGAUUUCUACUACAGUUCUGAAGAGGAUAUUUGGACCGAGAUAGCAAAAUAUUUAGACGGAACAGCUAUAGUGAUGCUUGGAUCAUCUUGUCAUUGGUUUCAUAAUGUAAUCUUGGAAGAAAACAGUGUUUGGAAAUUUGCUUGUUUACGUGAUCUUCAAAUUCCUCCGUUUCGCCAACAAGUCUUCUUCCAAUGGAUCCACCUCUACGUAUCAGCAUUUGGGGGCUCAUCCGCAAGGUCCUGUGGUCUCAGCAUCUCCUGUUGCAUGCGAGGCCACGGUGAGGAUGAUAAAAUAUCUAAUCCCAAGUCUGGCGAAGAGGGUGCAACCGUUGUGGGAACUCCAGUAGGAACUCUACCUUCAGCUAUUGUAACUUCAAAGACCAUAACUACUACUUUCCCUCCUGCAUCAGGUGCGGAGGUGUCAAAGCAUGAGGGAGUGCCUUCUAAUCUCUGGGUGAAGAGCGAACGGGAGAUAAAACGCGAUAGAAGGAAACCGUCUAACAGAGAAUCAGCUCGAAGGUUAAGGUUGAGGAAGCAGGCUGAGCCUGAAGAACUGGCAACGAAAGUUGAAGUGUUGUAUGUUGAGAACAUGUAUCUUAAAUCUAAAAUCAGUCAGUUAGCAGAGAAACCGGAGAACCUAAAGCACCAACAGAAUUUUUUCAACUACAUCAGCAUCAGGCUUCAAACAGCAGUUUCAGCACUUGUUCGACCAACAAUGACUAAAGAAACUAUUAAGGUCCCACAAGUUACAGAACCUCUUACAUACACAGGUGGUUGUAUCAACAAAAAGCCCAAAAUCAGACAAGCAAUGUGUCUGGGAAGCAUUAGCUGAUACUAGCUCUUAUUUCAUUAUGUAAGAGACGGAUCCAGAAAAGUGACUUACUCGUGGAACACAAAUUACCUUGUACCUAAGGGAGGAUGACAAGUAUGAAUUUGCAGAGCCAACAAGAAUCCAAGGCCUGGUGAAGAACUACUCGCAAUUCGUCUCAUUCCCCAUUUACACAUGGCAAGAGAAGUCGAGGACUGUUGAGGUACUGGAGGAAGAAGAGCCAAAAGAGGGUGAGGAAUCAAAACCAGAGGAUGAAAAGAAGAAGAAGACGAAGACCGUAACUGAAAAAUAUUUUGACCGGGAUUUAGCAAAUGAAACAAAACCAAUUUGGGUAAUAUCAAAUGCGCAUCCAUCUUUGCGUUUCAGUUUGUCCAUGGAUGGCUAUUGGAGUGAAAUGGUUAUUUCUGUAUGACACUGAAUAAAGCACUAGCUUCUUGUAAUUGUAGCUCGCCACUGCCCAACCUUCUGCAAGCGUGAAAUUUCCCACUUAGCCCCUGCUUGGAUGCAACUGCUAAGGAGUUUGUAUCGGUUCAAGGAAAUGUGCCUGCGCAAAGCUCAACGGUUCUGAAUUCCCACAUGUAGCCAAAGAUAAUGGCAGGUAAAACAGUUCCACUUUCUCCACGCACCUGUAAAUUUCCAUAUGUUUGACAUGGAUAUGGCAUGGGAUAUUAAACUCAGAAAAGACUUCUUAAAAUGUAACAGAAGGUUAGGGUUUUCAUAGUUUCAAAUUCAGAAACUUAUGUUUACAACAUUUGGGAUUUUGCACAAGUUGUUUAAUAGUGUAUGGGUUUAUGGUUCAUCUAUCUAGCCACUCUGUUGAUGUAUGAAUCGUCCUUGAUGGAUUGUGAUGAUCAAUAAUUCAGGAGCAGAAAUCUGCCGGAAUUUGUGCCGUCGGAAA